AUGAUACUCCGAUAUGUUCGGUUAUUUAUCCUUAUUAUGUCGGAUAAUAUAGUUGCGCAGAAAGUAUUAGAAAUGAUCCGCAAGGAGCGCGCUAUGCCAUAUCAAGGAAAUUAUGUUGAACCACGUUUUUUUGCAUGGGUUCGGAAUGGUGAUAAAAUACCUGCAAAUGCGAUUAGGCCAUUUCAGCGAGCACUUCAUUUCGGUAAUGAAACAAUUGAUGUAGUAGUUGCAUUAUGGAUUCCAGAUAGAGAUUUUGCUGGAGUAUGGGGUCGCGCUUGGCAAGAAAACAACACGCUUAAAGCAGUGUUUGUACAUAACAAUACAGUUAAAACAAAUUUACAUCCAGAUUUGGCUAAAGGAUUUCGUAUUUUGAUUUAUCCUGGCACUAAAGAGACUAAUGGCUUCAAAUUCAAAUGGGUACAGUCAGGUCGAGCAGAUGGUGGCACAGUCCUGUUUUCUGGAAGAGUAAUGAAUGUUCCAGCAAUAUAUGUAGAGGACAAUCGCUAUGAAUUUCUCGGCAAUGGUGAUUGGUUUAAUAAGCAAAUGGAAUUUGUUGUUUAUGGCAGUCAGGAUUUUCAUACUGUUGGUAAUUUUGGUCGUCAUAGAAUCUUCGACAACAAUGUUUACGUCCUGACAAAGCAACGAUGUCAUUGUCAAUGUGAAUAA